UCUGUUUUGAUGUAGAUCACCUGGUUGUUCAGUAGUUACAUGUAAGUUGUGCUCCUGCUCCUUGCACCUUUUUAUACCUCCGCUCUGUCUUCAGCAGGACAGCUGGGAGACAAACAUGUUGGUCUGGACGGUGUGUGCAGCCUUGAUUGUAUGUGGCGUUUUACUCCGCCAUCCUUAUCUCUUCCAGGAUGUCCAGUACGUGCUUGCGAAAAUAAAAAGAAGGCGCUUUGUAUUAAAGUGCAUGCAGACUAAUUACUCAAUCCUGGACCGCUUUUUAGACUUGGUGAAGACGCAGCCGCAAAAGACUUUAAUUUAUUUUAAAGAUGAAAUGUUCACGUACCGGGAAGCAGAUGUCCUGAGCAACAGAGCUGCGAGAGCGUUUCUGCAGGCUGGAUGCGUAAAGGAAGGAGACGCGGUGGCGCUGUUCCUGGGGAACCAGCCGAUGUUCCUGUGGCUCUGGUUGGGUUUGCUGAAGAUUGGAUGUCCCGGAGCUUUGCUCAACUCCAACAUCAGAUCCAAGUCUCUGCUACACUGCCUCAACUGCAGUGGAGCCACAACUCUGGUAGCAUCUGAAGAGUUGCUGGAUGCAGUGAAGGAGGUGCUGCCCCAUCUGCAUGAACAGCAGAUCACUGUUUUCAUCUUAGCUGACAGGUGUGAAACUGCAGGUGUGGAAAGCUUCAUUGAUAAAAUGAAUAAGGCUUCCUCUGAGCCUAUACCCAAGGAGUUAAGGUCCCAUUUAACCAUGCAGAGUCCAGCAGCCUACAUAUACACCUCAGGGACAACAGGUCUCCCUAAGGCAGCUGUGGUCACUUACAGCAAAGUGUGGAACUUUUCUUUACUUCUGGCUACAACAGGAGUGAACUCCAAAGAUGUGAUUUAUGAUACCCUCCCGCUUUAUCACAGUACUGGCCUCCUUGUCUUCACUGGAGCUGUUGAAAGAGGUAUUCCUGUUGUUCUGAGGAGUAAGUUUUCUGCUUCCCAGUUCUGGGACGACUGCAGAAAAUAUAAUGUCACCGUCAUACAGUACAUAGGUGAAAUUAUGCGUUAUCUCUGCAACACUCCACAGAAACUCAGUGAUAAAAACCACAAAGUCAGACUUGCAGUAGGCAACGGGAUCAGAGCAGAUGUUUGGAGGGACUUUGUGAGACGAUUUGGGGAAAUUCAAAUCAGAGAAUUUUACGGAGCAACUGAGGGAAACUUUGCUCUGUUGAAUUAUAGCAGCAAGAUGGGAGCUCUUGGGCGACACACCUUCCUGCACAAGAUGUUUUUUCCAUAUGCUGUGAUCAAAUAUGAUGCAGACAAAGGAGAGCCUUUGAGGGAUUCUUCUGGUUUCUGCAUGGAGGUUGAGAAAGGUGAACCUGGACUUCUGGUGACUGAAAUAACAGCCAAAGCUCCAUUCACUGGUUAUGUGAGAGACAUGAAUCAAACUGAGAAAAAGAAGCUGCACAACGUCUUCAAGAAAGGUGAUCUGUACUUCAACACUGGCGACCUGCUGCGCAUCGAUGAGGAUAAUUUCAUGUACUUCCACGAUCGUGUUGGCGACACAUUCAGAUGGAAAGGAGAGAACGUAGCUACAGCUGAGGUGGCCGACAUCCUUGUGCUGACUGACUGUGUUAAAGAAGCCAAUGUUUACGGAGUCAAAGUGCCAGGUACAUGUUGCUGCUCCAAAAUCAAGAACAAAAUGUACACCACACUUAGUUUGUUUAGUCAAUCAUUAAUCAAAUUGUUCCACAAUCAAGCAUUUUUUUUUAAUCAAGAUCAAGAUUUUAUUAUUUUAUUAUUAUUUUUUCUCUCCAGAAGAUUGUACCUCUAUUUCAAUAUAGCUUAUUUAGAGCAGUAAACACAUGGGGUAAAGGACAUACAGUCAAAGAGUUUGUGCCAUGGUGGAAUGCACCUCGCACACUACUCGGGCAGUUGGUGCUGAAUACAGGGAUAUACUGGUAAAUAUUACAUGGCAAUAAAUCUGUGUGUGUGUGUGUGUGUGUGUGUGGUCUCUGAAAGGAACAGAAAGAAAAUACAAUACUACAUUACUAAAGUGUUCACAACAAUAUCUCCAGAGUACAUUAACAUAAACACAGGCGGGAAAUAAGCUAACAUCUUCUAUAAUAUCAUAGGCCAUAUAUUACCCACGACUCACGCAUAGACCCACUGAGAGAGCUAACCAGGUACACAGUUCUACCCAACCACAAGGCAGGAGAGUUAGCUUAGCUUAGCACCCGCUAGCGGCACAGACAGAAACAUAGUCAUUUCCCCCCUAACCUUGGUUACAGUCCCAAACACAUCUUAUUAUCACAUCCUCACACAUCACCAACUUACGU